UGGAGGUGAUGGACCAGCAGAGGGUGCUGCAUAGUGGCUGCCUGGUAUCGGGGGUGCACACCCCGCCCAUCCGCCGCAACAGCAAGCUGGCCAGCCUGGGGCGCAUCUUCAAACCCUGGAAGUGGAGGAAAAAGAAAAGCGAGAAGCUGAAGCAGAGCUCCACAGGUGUGUGUGUGUGUGUGUGAGAGAGAGAGAGAGAGAGAGAGAGAGAGAGACUCAUCCAUCGGUAAACUACACAAACACUCACCUUUUCCCCGUCCUCUCCCCUACAAAAUUAGGCCAGGUGUAGCAGAUUAUGAGUAAAAGCACUUGGGUAAUACCCCAACUAUUUAAAAUGUAGUCAUGUAGUCUCCCUAAGCAGACGGGUUUCUGCCCACAUUAACAAUGUUCCAGCAUACACAUGCCAGAGAGGGCUGGUGGGAGGAGCUAUAGGAGGACGAGCACAUUGUAAUGGCUGGAAUGGACUUAAAUGGAACGGUAUCAAACACGUCAAACAUAUGGAAACCACAUUCCAGUCAUUACAAUGAGCCCGCCCUCCUAUAGCUCCUCCCACCAGCCUCCUCUGACACACACAGCAUACAGCAUAGUGCUGUUGCCCUAGGUCUGAGAUUUCCGCGACUAGUAGUCAUGCUAUGGAGAUGAUGAGUGUCAAAUAGAGGGUAAACAUGGUUGUAAAACUAAGCCAUGUAUGUUGUCUCUUUUAUGUUCUUCCUGCAGAUGUGGCGUUGUCCAGUGGGUGUCUCUCUCCAGAGCCCGGUUCCCCCUUGCAGGGCUCCUCAGAUGGGACAGGCAUGUUGGGGGGGUUUGGGGGGUCGCUCAACGCCACUCUUACAGUCAGCAGUGUGGAGUAUUUGGGCCCCGAAGAGGAACUCCCCCCGCCAGGUAGGACAGCCCACCUCCAGGGAAAACUAAGGCCUAAUCCCAAAUCGGCGCCUAGACCCUACGCUUUAUGCACUUGUGGAGAUCUAAGAGGAUUUUAUUGGUUUAAUGAAGCUUCUACCUCAUAGCCUAUCAUAGGGCAAGGUGGAGCUAAAGUCCUCACCAUGUAUUUGGACAGUGAAGCUAAAUCUUUUAUUUUGGCUCUAUACUCCAGCAUUUUGGAUUCAAGAUACAAUUUUGAAUAUGAGGCGAAAGUACCGAAUGUCACCUUUUCCAAGUCCUCCUUUCAAAGAAGAUAUAUUGACACAGGAUAGGGUAGCCACAGUAAUAUGAUGAAGUCUACCAUCAUCCGUAUUGCUUUCGCCUAUCCAGUUUAGAGCCCGACUGAUAUGUUUUUUGGGGUCCAAUACCAAUUCUAAUUUCUGGGGGGACAAAAGUUAGCGAUACCGAUAUAUCUGCCGAGAUACUAUUUGAUGCUGGGGAAUGAAAAAGUUAAAUUUUACACACUGAAUUCUCAUAAAUUGCCAUCCAAAACAGCAAUUGUCCAAGAAAUAUGCUUCAAAUGUAGAUUUUUUUUUUUUACAUUGUGAAAUUAAAGACAUAUCAUGAGAAUGGCAACAAGUGUUCAGAUAAGCAUGAGAUUCCCUUUUUUCGUCCUAUUUAUUGAAUAUCAGUUAUCGGUGGAAUUAUCUACCGAUAUAGCGGUAAAAGCAGUGCUUGACUUGGACUGAAAUAGGUGCCGGUACUCAUGUUGGGUGCCGGUACUGCAUAUAUUUAGGUGCAGGAGCUCCACAAUACUUUUGAACAGGAGCUCAAGCAGUAUAACAUUUAAGGUGCCGGUACUCAGCUCCGGUGAGCUCCUGCCCAAGUCAAGCACUGGGUAAAAGGCCAAUAUCGGCCGACAAUAUCGGUGAACCAAUAUAUCGGUCGGGCUCUAAUCCAGAUUGACUAAUUUUUGAGUAAUCAAAGUUAGAGGGACAUGGAAUUUGACUAAAUCCUUAGUGUUUAUCUUACAUUUGUUUUUGCCAUAUCAAGGGGAUUUAGAAAACAAUGUUCUAAACACAAUGUUCUUUUUUGUAAACAAUUAUGUUUUGACAGUAUUUACCAUAGACUAUUACAAUAUACAUGAUGUAUAUGAUAUGGAGAGACAACUUGUUUCUUAUAAAUGUUCUUAUAAAUAUGAUUCACAGUAGGCUAUUUUAGAUGUAUGUAAGUCCCACGAAAUUAACCACAUGAUACUCACACGACCCACUAGGGAGCAGCGGAGACAUUUGAAAACAACCAGUGGUGAUGAAAAUGCAUCGUCCAUUCACUGACAACAACUGUCACUGUAAAUGGUGUCCUGAUGUUACGAGAUUAAACUUAAUUAAUUGUAACACAUCUUUCAGUGGCUGAGCCUCCAGAGGAUUGUGAGCCAGAGCAAAAGAGCAGUCAAAAUACAGAGGAAGAGGAAGAUGAGGAAGAGGAGGGAGAGGAAGAGGCGCAGCCUGGUGCCGAUGCCUCUGAGGAGGUCCAGGAGGGAGGAGAAAAUACGGAGGAGAGGCAGGAAGAGGAAAUACCUCGGGGAACCACACCUCCCCCAGUAGCGGCCAAACCGGUGAUGCCACAGAUGAGCAGUGGCGAGGGUGAGAAGGCUAGUGAAAUGUACCAGGGUUAGGGUCAAUUCGAAUUGACGAGUCAAUUCAGGAAGUGAACAGACAUUCCGAUUCAAAGUUUUCCUUAAUGAAAAGCAUUGAGAAAAUGUGGAAUCGGAAUUUCAGUUUACUUGAUGAAUUAAUUGAUUUGAAAUGGAAUUGACCCACAACCCAGUGGAAUGUACUAAGAGGGGACCAUAAUGCCAAAACACUGCACUGCACACUCAGAGAGGGGUAGUGUGGACCCCACAUGUACAAGUACACAAACACACACUCAGAAACACAUACAGUGCCUUCAGGAAUUAUUCACACCCCUUGACUUUUUCCACAUUUUAUUGUGUUACAGCCUGAAUUUAAAAUGGAUUAAAUUGAGAUGUUUUGGUCAGUGGCCUACACACACAAUACCCCAUAAUGUCAAAGUGGAAUUAUGUUUAUUUUUUUAAACAAAUUGAUUAAAAAUGAAAAUAUGAAAUGUCAAUAAGUAUUCAACCCCGUUGUUAUGGCAAGCCUAAGUAAGUUCAGAAGUAAAACGUUGCUUAACAAGUCACAUAAUAAGUUGCAUGGACUCACUCUGUGUGCAAUAAUAAUGUUUAACAGGAUUUUUGAAUGACUACCUCAUCUCUGUACCCCACACAUACAAUUAUCUGUAAGGUCCCUCAGUCGAGCAGUGAAUUUCAAACACAGAUUCAACCACAAAGACCAGGGAGGGUUCCCAAUGCCUCACAAAGAAGGGCACCUAUUGGUAGAUGGGUUAAAAUAUAAAAAGCAGAGCUGUGUGUAGAUGGGUGAGAAAAUGUGGAAUAAGUCAAGGGGUAUGAAUACUUUCUGACGUACCAUACCUGUACGGCCAACCCGGGGUUCGAUCUCACUUUAACAAUGACACUUCGUAUUCCAAAAAUUAGCAUGCUUCCUACCAUUAGCUUACCAAUGACUUUGGUUGGCGAGGGCGACACUACUUCAAGUCUCAGGCCAGGUGGCAAUGUCACCACAUGAUGGCUACUAGCUUACUACCUUAUUAUCUUUGUAGCUGAGUUGGUAGAGCAUGGCGGUUGUAACGCCAGGGUAGUGGGUUUGAUUCCCGGGACCACCCAUGCGUAAAAUGUAUGCACGCAUGACUGUAAGUCUGCUAAAUAGCAUAUACAGUGGGGAAAAAAAGUAUUUAGUCAGCCACCAAUUGUGCAAGUUCUCCCACUUAAAUAGAUGAGAGAGGCCUGUAAUUUUCAUCAUAGGUACACGUCAACUAUGACAGACAAAAUGAGAAAAAAAUAUCCAGAAAAUCACAUUGUAGGAUUUUUAAUGAAUUUAUUUGCAAAUUAUGGUGGAAAAUAAGUAUUUGGUCAAUAACAAAAGUUUCUCAAUACUUUGUUAUAUACCCUUUGUUGGCAAUGACACAGGUCAAACGUUUUCUGUAAGUCUUCACAAGGUUUUCACACACUGUUGCUGGUAUUUUGGCCCAUUCCUCCAUGCAGAUCUCCUCUAGAGCAGUGAUGUUUUGGGGCUGUCGCUGGGCAACACAGACUUUCAACUCCCUCCAAAGAUUUUCUAUGGGGUUGAGAUCUGGAGACUGGCUAGGCCACUCCAGGACCUUGAAAUGCUUCUUACGAAGCCACUCCUUCGUUGCCCGGGCGGUGUGUUUGGGAUCAUUGUCAUGCUGAAAGACCCAGCCACGUUUCAUCUUCAAUGCCCUUGCUGAUAGAAGGAGGUUUUCACUCAAAAUCUCACGAUACAUGGCCCCAUUCAUUCUUUCCUUUACACGGAUCAGUCGUCCUGGUCCCUUUGCAGAAAAACAGCCCCAAAGCAUGAUGUUUCCACCCCCAUGCCACAGUAGGUAUGGUGUUCUUUGGAUGCAACUCAGCAUUCUUUGUCCUCCAAACACGACGAGUUGAGUUUUUACCAAAAAGUUCUAUUUUGGUUUCAUCUGACCAUAUGACAUUCUCCCAAUCCUCUUCUGGAUCAUCCAAAUGCACUCUAGCAAACUUCAGACGGGCCUGGACAUGUACUGGCUUAAGCAGGGGGACACGUCUGGCACUGCAGGAUUUGAGUCCCUGGCGGCGUAGUGUGUUACUGAUGGUAGGCUUUGUUACUUUGGUCCCAGCUCUCUGCAGGUCAUUCACUAGGUCCCCCCGUGUGGUUCUGGGAUUUUUGCUCACCGUUCUUGUGAUCAUUUUGACCCCACGGGGUGAGAUCUUGCGUGGAGCCCCAGAUCGAGGGAGAUUAUCAGUGGUCUUGUAUGUCUUCCAUUUCCUAAUAAUUGCUCCCACAGUUGAUUUCUUCAAACUAAGCUGCUUACCUAUUGCAGAUUCAGUCUUCCCAGCCUGGUGCAGGUCUACAAUUUUGUUUCUGGUGUCCUUUGACAGCUCUUUGGUCUUGGCCAUAGUGGAGUUUGGAGUGUGACUGUUUGAGGUUGUGGACAGGUGUCUUUUAUACUGAUAACAAGUUCAAACAGGUGCCAUUAAUACAGGUAACGAGUGGAGGACAGAGGAGCCUCUUAAAGAAGAAGUUACAGGUCUGUGAGAACCAGAAAUCUUGCUUGUUUGUAGGUGACCAAAUACUUAUUUUCCACCAUCAUUUGAUAAUAAAUUCAUUAAAAAUCCUACAAUGUGAUUUUCUGGAUUUUUUUUCCUCAAUUUGUCUGUCAUAGUUGACGUGUACCUAUGAUGAAAAUUACAGGCCUCUCUCAUCUUUUUAAGUGGGAGAACUUGCACAAUUGGUGGCUGACUAAAUACUUUUUUCCCCCACUGUAUUACUACUAGUGCAAACAGCUAGCUAGCUCACAUCUCGUACAUACACAACAUAUUAAAGGACCACAUAUCCAUACACAAAGAGGAUUGCAAUAUGGACCACACACACACACACACCCACCACUAUGUUACCUGACAACUAAUAUCUCUUUGUCUUUCUCUGCCUCUCAGACCCAUCCCCUGUGCCCUCACACUUGGCCAACUCUUUCCUGCCUAAAGAGCCGCCUAGGGCUCCCGAGAGCCUGGCCCCGAUGGUGGCCCUGCGAGGGCCCCUUUCCAACCCCUCAGGGUCUCCUCACCUCGCCAAUAUUAUGCACCCUCCCAUGCCCCCUAGCUGUAUCAUGGAGGAGCUACAACGAGCCUUCGCCUCAAAGGUGAACCGGCAGGAAAGGUGAGCAGCACAGCUCAUUCACUGCAAACAGACACAUAAUCUCACCAUUAUGUGACGGGGAGUUCAUGUUGUCUCUCAUGUUCGGUAACUUAAAUCCUGUAGGUAUAAGGCUUUAUAACUUGUUAUAAGCAAGUAUGAGCCUUUAUAAUGUCUUAUAAUAAGGCUUAUUAUAUAUCUCUCUAUGUAUGCAUGCUCAUGACAAGUCUUACAAUGCAUUAUAACUGGAUCAUAAUGCAUUAUACCUGCAGGUUUUUAAGUAAAGCAUUAUUUAAUCCCUCAUUGGUUUUAUAGCCGAUGUCAGUUUACAUCCACCAUGUUGCAUGUUCACUCCCCCAUUGAAGAAUCCAGUGUUCACUCCUAUGGUAUAUUCACCUAAAUGCUUACCCACUGUCUCCAUGUUAACGCCUACCUGUAUGUUACCUUUCAAAUGGACCUGCACCGCCAUGCUCACCCAUCCAUCAACCCCCUCUUGUCCUGUUAACCCCCAUGCUCCCUCCUCCCUCCCGUGUUCCCUCAGAGUGCAUGGGCCUGCUGAGCCGGGCUCGACCCCGUGGCGGCGCUCUGAUGGGCGGAUCUCUCGCUCCUCCAGCUCGGAGAAUCAGUCGGCGGCGAGCGGUGGCGUUAUCGACUGGCUCCACCAAGCGGACAGGAAGAAGGAGGCGGAGGAGAACAAGGAGAACAUGCGGCUGGACCAGUGCUUCUCCGACGCCUCAGGCCUCCCCCACGAUCAGGACGACUGGAAUGACUCCGUCAUCUCUGGUGGGUCCUUUCUUAAAGGAAACAACAGAUAUUAAUGAUAUCCCCCUUAUUAAACUAAUUCCCAAGCGAUAUAUAACAAAUCGAAAAUAGCCAUUCAUUUUCAAACAUUCUAACUCCUGGGCUCAACAUUGGGGGGAACAAAACAGACGAUGGGUUGAGCUGGUUUUACGGCGUUUACAGCAAUUUUAAGACAUUACACAUUUAAAAUGUUUGUUUUGUUUUUGGCCAUUAUGGACUCUUCUAAACUUGAGACCUGCACGUGAUUUACGAGGUUUGAGUUGAAUGUGGACAUUUUAUGUUAGGUUUCUGCCCUGUGAGAGCAAUCUCGAAGUGAUCGCUGACGUCCUGUGUGUGUGUGUGUGUGUGCAGGUACACUACCUCGCAGGCUAAGGAAGGAGCUGUUGGUGGUGAAGCUUCGGAAUCGACCCAGCAAAGAGGAGCUUGAAGACCGGAAUAUCUUCCCAGCGCGGACUGAACAGGAA